AUGGCGUCCGCAGCCAACCUCCCCGCCUCCGUGGAGGCCCUGUCCCUCCAGUCGACGACCCGGACCUCCAAAUUUGCCGGCUGCUUUCCGUCGCUGAACCCUAUGGACAUCUACCGAGAGCACAUCGCCGAGGAACUGGGCAAGGCGACGGGCAUUGACUCUGAGAAGAUCUACGCUCGUCUCGCGUGGACGAACACCCUGGACAAGGGCGACUUGUCGCUGGCGCUAAUGUCGCGUCGUUCCCAUCAGGCCCCCGCUCUCCAGAUCAAGAAAAACCCGCAAGAGCUGGCUAAGGAACUCGCCGAGAAGUUCCCCCAGUCAGACCUGAUCCAACCCCCCACCUACUUCGGCACCCACAUGCAGUUUUUCUGCAAGCCUCGGCCUCUGGCCAACACGGUCCUUCGUCGCAUCUUGACGGAGAAGUCGGCAUAUGGCACAAACGGCAACCAGGGUCUGAAGGACCCGUCGGACCCUUCCAAGGGCCAGAAGAAGAUCAUCAUCGAGUUCUCCUCGCCGAACAUUGCCAAGCCCUUCCACGCUGGUCACUUGCGCAGCACCAUUAUCGGUGGUUUCUUGGCCAAUGUGCACACGGUCAUGGGAUGGGACGUCGUGAAAAUGAACUAUCUCGGUGACUGGGGCAAGCAAUACGGUCUGCUGGCGAAUGGAUACAAGUACUUUGGUAACGAGGAGGCUCUUACCAAGGACCCUAUCAACCACUUGUUCGAUGUCUAUGUCAAGGUCAACCGCAUUGUCGGCGACCAGGAGAAGCCCAUCGAGGAUUUCAAGAAUCAGAUCAAGAGCAAGAAAGAGAAGUCUGAGGACGUGUCGGAGCUGGAGGCGGAGUUGGCCAAGCUGGUGGAUGUCAGCGAGGACGAGAAGGCCCGUCGUUACUUCAAGAGCAUGGAGGAUGGCGACCAGGAUGCGCUCGCGCUCUGGCGCCGGUUCCGUGACCUCAGUAUUGAGAAGUACAAGCAAACAUAUGCCCGUCUCAACAUCGACUUCGAUGCCUACUCGGGUGAGUCGCAGGUCAAGGGCGAGAGCAUGACUGCGGCAUAUGAGGCCAUGGAAAAGGCCGGAGUGUCUGAGAAGUCCGAAGGUGCGGUGAUUGUCGACUUUACCAAGCACGGUGCCAAGAAGCUGGGCAAGGCCAUCAUUGUUCGCAAGGAUGGCACGCCGCUUUACCUGACUCGUGACAUCGGCGCGAUCACCGAGCGUGAAGAGGAAUACCACUUUGACAAGAUGAUAUACGUGGUUGCCAUGCAGCAAGACCUUCACCUGGCCCAGCUCUUCAAGAUUACUGAGUUGAUGGGCCACAAGGAUCUGGCCAGCCGCUGCCAGCACAUCAACUUUGGUAUGGUCCGUGGUAUGAGCACCCGCAAGGGUACUGUCAAGUUCCUGGAUGAUAUUCUGCGGGAUGUCGGCGAGAAGAUGCACGAGGUGAUGAAGAAGAACGAAGUGAAGUACCAGCAGGUUGAAGAUCCGGUCCAGACGGCCGACACCCUGGGUAUCACGGCCGUUAUGGUGCAAGACAUGACUGGCAAGCGGAUUAACGGUUACGACUUUAACCUGGAUGCCAUGACCUCAUUCGAGGGUGACACCGGCCCGUACCUGCAGUACGCGCACGCCCGUCUCUGCUCGAUGACCCGCAAGUCGGGAUUGAAUGUAGACGAGCUGAGCACCGCCAACUUCGAUCUCCUGACCGAGCAGCACGCCGUCGACCUGAUCCGCCUGCUGGCACAGUGGCCGGAUGUGCUGCUGCAGACCGCCAAGACCCUCGAGCCCAUCACGGUUCUGAGUUACCUCUUCCGCAUGACACAUAUGCUGAGCUCGAGCUACGAGGUGCUCAACGUGAUCAACAGCGAACCCGAGCUGAAGAAGGCGCGCAUGGCUCUAUAUGCCUCGGCGCGCCAGGUUCUGAACAACGGCAUGCGGGUUCUCGGUCUGAACCCCGUCGAGCGUCGGCGAUGUAUCCCCGGUCAAGUCGGCCGCGUGCGGCAGUCGGGCUCCAAGUACAAGGCCGAAGAGGCCGGGAAAUGA